AGAAAGACAGAAGCAAAAGAGUGAGAGAGUGAGAGAGUGAGGGAGAUAGAAAGAAACAAGAAUGGAAGUAGCACAGGUGUUGCAUAUGAAUGGUGGCAUUGGAGAAGCAAGCUAUGCCAACAACUCCUUAGUUCAGCAAAAGGUGCUUCUUUUGGCAAAGCCCAUUAGAGAGGAAGCAAUAACCAGCCUCUACUACAACACACUUCCAAGAAGCUUAGGAAUUGCAGACUUGGGUUGUUCUUCAGGACCCAACACCCUGUUUGUUGUGUCUGAAAUAAUAAAGACUGUGGAGAAGCUUUGCCGUCAACUUAACCAAAAAUCUCCCGAAUACAAAGUCUUUCUUAAUGAUCUUCCCGGGAAUGACUUCAAUAACAUCUUCAAGUCCCUUGACAGCUUCAAAGAUAAACUAUGUCGUGAAAUGGAAACUGCCAUUGGUCCAUGCUACUUCUCUGGAGUUCCUGCUUCUUUCUAUGGCAGGGCUUUUCCUAAUAGAAGUCUGCAUUUUGUGCAUUCCUCUUACAGCCUCCAGUGGCUAUCUAAGGUUCCGGAGGGUGUAGAGAACAACAGGGGGAACAUUUACAUCGGCAGAACAAGCCCUCCAAAUGUUCUAAAAGCAUACUACGAACAAUUUCAAAGAGAUUUCUCUCUUUUUCUCAAGUGCCGUGCAGAGGAGCUAGUUGAAGGUGGUAGCAUGGUUCUCACAUUUUUGGGAAGAAGAAGCGAUGAUCCAUGCAGUAAGGAUGGUUGCUACAUUUGGGAGCUUAUGGCUACUGCUCUUAAUGAUAUGGUCUUCGAGGGAAUCAUAAAGGAAGAGCAAAUUGAUACAUUUAACAUCCCUCAAUACACUCCAUCUCCAACCGAAGUGAAAUCGGAGGUUCUUAAAGAAGGAUCAUUCACUCUGAAUCGUCUAGAGGUGUCUGAAGUGAAUUGGAACGCUUUUGAUGACUGCUGGAACGCUCAAGAAUAUGAAUCUAAAAAGUCUGAAUCACUUAGUGAUGGUGGGUACAAUGUGGCACAGUGCAUGAGGGCUGUGGCUGAACCUUUACUAAUUAGCCAUUUUGGUGAAGCUAUCAUUGAAGAGGUUUUCAGUCGCUACCAACAAAUCUUGGCUGAUCGUAUGUCCAAGGAAAAAACUGAGUUCAUCAAUGUUACCAUAUUAUUGACUAGAAAAGCAUGAGCAGUUAAGAACUUUGC